GGCAGGUUCUGAUAACACAGAUUGUGAUAAGGCAGGUUCUGAUAGCACAAUGUAGAUAACACAGGUUCUGAUAACACAGAUUGUGAUGAGGCCGGUUCUGAUAACACAGAUUGUGAUGAGGCCGAUUCUGAUAGCACAAUUUAGAUAACACAGAUUGUGAUAAGGCCGGUUCUGAUAACACUGGUACUGAUAAGGCAGGUUCUGAUAGCACAAUGUAGAUAACACAGGUUCUGAUAAGGCAGGUUCUGAGAAUGGUUACAGUUAUUUCUCAGGAUUCCAUCCUGUGCUGAGUUCUAAUGUCCUCCCUGAUACCUGCCACGGCCGCUAUGUGCCUCCAUUCCAAGCAGUAUUAAAAGCCAGCGAUAAGAACAAGGCUCCUCUAUUGUUUUAUCGUUACAUUAUAACUCAUGUGUUUCGAACUCACUGCAGCACCCUGCAGACACCGCCAGCUAAACCAUAUUAACCCCAUAAUCUCAGAGGGCGGGGACCGAGGUACCAGCGAUAUAUUCUCGGAUAAUGUACUAUCAUUGUGUGUCCAUGCUGUCAUGUGUUUAUUACUGACAUUGCUCCAAGCCUGAGAUUAGAGGGAGAAAAGGGCGGAAGAAGAAAGGUAGGAAAGGGCCUGGAUAGGGGUGAUGGGGGUGGGCUUUAGACAGAGAGGAGGAAAGGGCCUGGAUAGGGGUGAUGGGGGUGGGCUUUGGACAGAGAGGAGGAAAGGGCCUGGAUAGGGGUGAUGGGGGUGGGUGGACAGAGAGGAGGAAAGGGCCUGGAUAGGGGUGAUGGGGGUGGGCUUUAGACAGAGAGGAGGAAAGGGCCUGGAUAGGGGUGAUGGGGGUGGGCUUUAGACAGAGAGGAGGAAAGGGCCUGGAUAGGGGUGAUGGGGGUGGGCUUUGGACAGAGAGGAGGAAAGGGCCUGGAUAGGGGUGAUGGGGGUGGGCUUUAGACAGAGAGGAGGAAAGGGCCUGGAUAGGGGUGAUGGGGGUGGGCUUUAGACAGAGAGGAGGAAAGGGCCUGGAUAGGGGUGAUGGGGGUGGGCUUUGGACAGAGAGGAGGAAAGGGCCUGGAUAGGGGUGAUGGGGGUGGGCUUUAGACAGAGAGGAGGAAAGGGCCUGGAUAGGGGUGAUGGGGGUGGGCUUUGGACAGAGAGGAGGAAAGGUUUGGGUGUUUGGAGAAGGGUAGUCCACAGGGCGGGGAGGGGGCGAUAUGGGAGGGUGGGGGUGAAGAGGAAGGAGACAAUGGGACAUGUUUACAAUGGGGAAUAAUGUGGGCAGUCUAUUAGUUAUAUAUCUGUUGGCAGAUGAUUGCUGUAAGUAUAGUAAUAUUCAUUUUAAAAAAAAACUCAAAGUCUUCCUCAGUGGUGUUUAAAUGUGCAGUCUGUCCCCAUAGGUAAAUCAGAUGUAGCUUUCAGUAAGCUUCUGGACAUUCAUCCAAUGUCAUUGUUCCUACUGUUGGUCAAAAAUACAAUUUAUUUACCUUCUCACAGUGAUUUACUAAUCUUAUGUGAUCAGAUGGAAUGUAAAACGCUGAAUACAUUAGUUUCUAAAUUACCAUGGUCUGGGCUGAUAAUGUAAUAUAAAUGAUUAUAUGCAUGUAUAAUCUAACAGACUGCCAUUGAUCUAAGAUCCUAUAUGCAAACUGCAAUUCUGCUUAUUGUCUGUCACUCUUAUGUCACAUUUCUCUGUAUGCAUAACAUAACCUAUGUCCCAUUUUAUCGCUUCCUCAUUCUGUUAAUUCUUCACAACCAGACCGUACUGCUUAUAUUGCUUAGAGCAUCAAGUCACCUGUAAGUGUGCUACUGAUUUCAGGCCUGAACUAAGCGGAAUGCAGUUCUUAAAUGGACACUGCAGGCACCAUAACAACUUAAUUGCAAUCACGUUGUUAUGGUGCAAGGAGCUCUUGGGUGUCGUUUUACCUUAAGGAUUAAAGGAAUACUGUAGGUACCAACACAACUUUAGCUUAAUUAAGCCGUUAUGGUGUACAGUUUAUGCCACUGCGGUCUCAAUUCUCUGCCGUUUAAGAGUUAAAUAGCACUUUUUGUUUUUGUUUAUGCAGCCCUAGCUUCACCUCCCAUGACUAACUAACUGUAUCCAUGGAAAAAUAAAGUAAAAUUUUCAAUCAGAUCUUACAGCACAGAAGUUCUUAUCUCCUACUAAGCAGCAUUAACCAUAAGGUGACCUUAGACAUUCGCCAAGGGUCCAUGGGUUAUAAAUGGCUGCUGGUCCCAUCCUCGAUCUCCUUGUGAAAAUUGAGUGUGGGGCCCAACCCAGUAACAUGCCUAGGUCCUUGUGGGAUCUUAAAGAGAAACUAUAGGCACCCAGACCACUUCAUCUUAUUGAAGUGGUCUGGGUGCAGUGUCCCAAUCGCCUUAACCCUGCAAGUGAAAGCAUUGCAGUUUUUAGAGAAACUGUAAUUCUUACAUUUCAGGGUUGACGACCUCUAGUGCUGUCUACCAGUUAGCCACUAGAGGUGCUUCCUGCAGUUUCAUGGAAUGACGCACUCCCCACAGGAAAGCAAGCACAUUAGGUUCACAGACCACAUUGAAGUAGGUCUAGUGCUGAGGGACCUCCGUGCUAGAAUCAGGUAAGGGAUUUUUUUUAUUUUUUUUAAUUUUUUUUACCCUUUCACUGUCAUUGGGUGGGGCAGAGAGACACUAUUGUGUUAGAAGUACAGUUUUGUAUUCCUAACACUGUAUUGUUAUUAUAAAGGAAUGCUAUUUUCACCAGCAGCACUAUAGCUUAAAGGAACACUAACAUGUAUUAGUGAUAAAAUAACUGUUUAGGUCCUUUCUUUUUAGUGAAUAGGUAAGUCCUUAAACUUAAUAAUCUCGCAUUGGGAGGCUAUGGCGCAUGCACCGCAAACAUUGCGCUGGGCCAAUCAGCAUCUCCUCAUAGAGAUGCAUUUCCAUGCAUGAAUGUUCCUAGGCAGUAAUGUAAACACUGCCUUUUCUCAUUAAAAAGCCUGUAAGGACAGGCCAUAUACACCAUACAUUAAGCUGUAGUUGUUCUGGUGACUAUAGUGUCCCUUUAAUGUAGGGGUUCUGAUCAGUAUAGCCUGUUUUUACACUGCUGCCUAUGACCACCUCCACUGACUUCCCAGACACAUCCCAAUGCCGCUUAAUGCAUUAUUUUCAAUUAAUUAAGCUAUUUUUUAAUUGCAGGUAUAUCUUUUAAAAAAAUAAAAUAAAAUCCUGCAGAAGCUGCAGAUCUCUUAUCUGCAGCCUUUGCAAGCCCUCCCCUCUUGCUUGCCAUGCUUUUUACGCCUUAAAGACUUAUGCAAGCUAAAGUACUUAAGGGGUCUAGAGUGUCACUUUAACGUUAUCCAUGUCAUUGACAAUGACCCAGAUUAUGUGAAAGUGUUAAUAGAAGUGAUUGGCUGAAAUUACUGAAGUAAUCCACCCCCAGCACCCUCCCCCAAUCGUUGUCAUCCAGAUUGGACAAAAUUGACUCUAAUAAUGCUUAAAUGUUAAUUGAUCAAUACAGCUGAGUAGGGAACAGUCUCUGGGUGUACGGAAGACGCUUGUUAUCAAGAUGUUUUUGAGCUAAGUAUAUUCUCUUAUGUCUUGGGUUUAAUUUUGCUCAUCAACAAAUCUCUGGUCCAUUUUGUAGAUGGAGGCGCAGUUGCCCUGGGGCGAAGAAGGAUUGGAAGACGACGAGGAAGAAUUGGAAGAUCCGGAGGUGGAAAGUUCUGUGAGAACAGUUGCAUCAGGAAAGGCCGGCACCUACCUGACCAAAAGGGGCAUCACCCUGCGGGUUCUGUUGAAGGAUGGUUUGAUAGAGGCUGGGCAGGGGGUUCUGUCCAUACAUUAUCUGGUGAGACAUUAAAAGAGCCAAAUGCACAGUGUUUAUGAUUUCAUUUUUUCUUUUUAAGCAGCUAAUACCAUAAGUCCAUCAUACAUAUAUGGAUUUUUAUUUUUUUAUAUAUAUAUACAUUUGAUUAUACAAAAAUAUGUUUGACAAUAAAAAAAAUACCUUUUUUUUUAUUUAUUUUAUUUAUUCAUUUAAUUCUUUUUUUUUUUUUUUAAUCCUGUCUAUAUUUGAAAGGCUGCUGACCUGAGUUUGUGGAACACCCACAUCCGGCCGGACCUCUGCUCCUCCUCUGGUCUUCUGUGAUUAGCAUUUAUUGUGGACGCUUGCCCAAGCAGGGCAGACCUACUGUAUGACGCUAGCAGCGUUGGCUAGUGAAUUUCUGUAGCAACUGCAGCGCAUUCACUGCAGUUGCUAUGUUUGGGAGAACAGAAGGACUGCCUGUGGGGAGAUUAAAGUUAAAUUUAAAUCCAGUUUAAUUUUGAAAUAGGUUUUUCUCCCAAUCAAACAUUUUCUAGCAAAUCUGCCAGCACUAUGUAGAGGUGAAAUAGUAUGCUCUUUGAAAGGAGCAUAAGUGAAAUUACCGAUGACAGAUACCCUUUAAGCUGACUGACUUUGUAUGUGAUGUUUGUCUGUGCUGAUAUCAUCUGUGUUUGUCCAGCUUUGUUUAACUGUUAAUGCUACUUUCUCCAAUGAUAAUUUACAGUAUUUGUGUGGCUUGAUUAUACUCUGCUGCCACCUACUGGAUACAAACUUAACUGCGGUUGCAGAUAGCAAGCUAUUUAAUCUACUUUGAACCGUUAUACAUAUUAAUGGAUCUUAUAUAAGAACAUAAAAAAACAAGAAAAUGGUUUAAUAAAAUUCAUGCAGGAACACAGAAAAUCACCAUUACGGCAUGCUCUAUCUUUUGGGAGUAUGAACCGCUCACCUUGAAGCCACCAGAAAGGACAGUCCAUCCACUUUAUACUUGGAGAACAGUAGUAAACGAUAUAGUGACUUUACCAACAUUCCAACCACUGCUCAUUCUAAAUAUAUGAAUUUUUAAGUAUCUUCUUCAAUCAAAAAACAGACAGUGGAACUAGCUCACACAAUCCGCAGAACCACCAGAUUAUAUAAUGAAAUUGCAACCAUAAUGAGAAAAGAAACAAAACUGAAAUUUACUAACAUAUGUAUAAUUCAUACCUCGGACAAUAAUGUGAACAAUAUUCAUAGAUUGAUACCUGCAGAUAUUAACACAAACUGUGUGUAUGAAUAUUGUUUAAUUCCCAAAGUCUCUAGAACUUAAAGAUUAAUUCUAUUUAUUUAUUUUCCGCAGGGCAAGAAAUUCAUGGGUGACUUACUGGUGGAUGGUAAAAUCAGAUGGCAGGAGAAUGGACAGGCAUUCAAUUCUCCCAGUGCGUGGGCUACACAUUGCAAAAGGCUUGUUAACCCUGCCAAGAAAUCUGGCUGUGGUUGGGCGUCCGUUCGAUACAAAGGCCAGAAACUUGACCAGUACAAGACUGCUUGGCUAAGACAGCAUCAGCCUCAUGGACCAGCGGUUGAAGUGGUCAGUUAUUAUAACGCAUAUUACACUAUCACACGGUUUGCCUUCCUUGUCAAAUCACAGCUCUUUAUUACUUUUCUCUGCUUCUAAGCAGAGCCCACUUAGUGAGGGAGAGGAAGAUGACCUGCUUGAAGAGGAGGAAGAUGAAGAAUCACGAGACUGGAAAGGGAGUACAAUGGAACAAGCCGUCGUUCGAAAACCGCAGGGUAAAGGUGGUGUGGAACAUGGACAGGGUAAGAGUACUGUGUAGUUUUAGUCACAGUUGAUUCACUGUAAUUAUUGGUGCUUGGAGUUACCAUGUGUUUUCAUAGUUUGUAUUCCAUUUACUACUUUUCAAAGUAAUGAGUUAUGUUUACUAGUAUGUUUAGUGCAUCGGCAGCUUUUCAAUACUUAAAUGUAUUCAAUGUAUGUGCACUAUUCUUAACGUUUAAACUUUGCAUGUAUCUAUGUUUUGAAAUACUGCUGUGGGUUCUCUUCUGUUUUACACACAGCGCAGAGAGGCAGUUUAUCUGAAAUGCGAAUUCCUGUGAAAUAUGCUACUUUAGGGAGCCGGGAUUCUGCGAGGUAAUUCACCUUCAAACAUUCAGACACCAAUUCAGUUAUAGAAAGAUAACCGGGUAAAUCGUUUUCAUUAAAGAAUGAGAGAAAUGAAAGGAACAGCACAUGCAUAUGUCCCCAAAGGGACGUAAAAGCCGGCAUGUCACAAGAAGAUACCAUUUCCCCUAAUUUUAGAGGUAUCUGCUAAUUCUUUACAUCUUCACAGGGGUAAGUGGACACUGCAGGUGGUGGAGCAGAGGUAGGAAGGAAAUGACAAAGAGGCUUAAAUGACACAGAGGAUUGAGAGGGGAAGGGGGAGUAUUCCAAAUAGAGUUGCAAACAAGUUGUAUGCUGAAUAACGUCAAUUCUGUGCAUAUUUUUGUGAACUGAGUAAAAAGUGGAUGGGAAGCAAUAGAAAAGAUAACAAAAGAAAGGUGAGAUGGGUUAAAGGAGGGAAUGAAGGAAAAUUGGUAACUGCCUUAAAGAGAGAUGAAGGGACAGAAAGUAAGGAAAUGGCUACAAGAUACAAUUUAUUUAAAUAUUGCUGAGACUGUAUGCCUAGCUUUGAAAAUGAAGCCUUUCUGGCAUGAUGGGGCAGGGCAUUAAAGUUGCAUAGGUGCUCCUUUAAGUUCAAUGUCCUUUGAGGAAUAUACAUUUGAGGCCAAGUUUCAUCCCUAGAAGCACAGACUUCUGGCCCACCUUUCAAAUCCUCAAUAUCCUUGUUACUAAAGGGAACAUACUGAAUAUAUAUAAAAAAGCAGUUUCAAGCAGAUAUUGCCAUUGUUAAAGAAGAGGUCCAUACACUGACAGAGAGGGUGGGAGCUGGGGGGGAAACUCUUACAUUCAGUAGCAUGGUUUUGGCUUCAGAGGUGAAGGUACCGAAACUAAUGGACUCCCAGAAAGCCCUAGCUUCAAAAGUCAACACUUCGGAUGAUAGAGCCCACAGACAGACUUUAGAGAUCUAUUUGCAUGAAUGAACUACCCUAUUUAGCCCAGAGGCUAUUCUCUACAAUCUUACCUCCUAAACAGGUUAAAGGGCUGACUAUAGUUGGAGAGUAACGGUUCUCCAAAUCUCCCCGUACUCCAGAGCCUGUCCCCAGAGAUGUGAUUCUCUGUUUUGAAGCAUUGUAGGAUAAACAUAGAGUGCUAGUGGCUCUUAAAGGCAAGUUGCCAUUAACCUUUGAAGAUCAACAACUCUCUUUUUUUUCUUUUUUUAGGACAUAUUUUACUCUACUGUUCAAUGAACAUCCUCUCUGUGUCUGGUUACUAAGCCACUACUUGACUCUGGCAUUGCUUAUUGUUGGGGUGCACCACACGCUCUUUACAUGGAUACGGACAGCAGCCAAUAUCGUUUAACCCCUUAAGGACACAUGACGUGUGACAUGUCAUGAUUCCCUUUUAUUCUAGAAGUUUGGUCCUUAAGUGGUUAACAUUACCCUCUGAGAUUGCAGCAUUUCUCUAUUUUAUCAACUCUCGCUAGAUUCUGCUGUUCACAUCUGGGAUGUGGCAAAUCUCCCUUAAUUUGUUCCUCAAAGCUCAGAGGAAAUGGGUUAAUGGGACUUUCUGAGGAUCUCUGUGUUUUGGGCUAUUUGGGUUUGAAGGUUGGAAUUUGCAUUUUGUUUUGCUUUUAUCCUUUCUCUUUCAUUUGAUUGUUCUACGGCACAACUGACAUGUCUGAUAAGCUUUUUGUUCCGCUUUUAAGUAUUGUCUCUAUUCCACACCCUACCUGGGACCGAUGUGAGCAAUUUUUAAAAACAUUAUUUUUGGAGGCCCUGAUAAGAUUUCGCUUUGCGUGUUUCCUACGUUUCAUAUGAUAUAUAUUUUCCAUAUCGUACUCUUUAUUUGUUGCACUCCAGGCCCAGUCUAUGGACUCUUUUGAUAGUUAUUUAGAUGUAAGCUUUUUGAAAAACGUAUUAGUUAGGGAGACACUUUAAUUGAACUAUUCCCAUGCUAAGGACUUUAGCUUUCAUUCAGCUGAGCUCCAGCUUAAGGUCAGUGUGAUAGCAGUAGCUCAGUUGGCUAAUGCAUCACCGGUAGAAUCUGUUCAAACCUUGGGGUUUGCACAAAUAAAUUGGGUAAUAGUAACAUCCCCUGGAUACAUACUUUCCUGGUUAAACAAUUUGUUAUUACAAUCUUAUUUCGCAACAUUGCUCAAUCCACGAUAGCUAUUACUAUAGGAGAAGAGAACAGAUGCUGGUCAGGAGACCCCAUUGAACAUUUUGUAACUUCGACAGAAAGUCCCCUUUGGCCACAAUGUGUUUUGCAUAGUGACAGCUGUCCAUUUUCAGUUUCACUUGUAGCUCACAAAUGCCCCCCCAAAAAGUAUUCCCCUGUGGCUCAGGAUGUAUGUACAGGAAACAGCCAAACAAUAGCAUUCAGUUACCAGGUAAUAAAGAGUAAACACAAUGCAGAUUCGGUUUAUUUAUUGUUCUGAAUACUGCCAUACAAAAGAUACAAGAUAUUUUAAAAGAACAUUUUAUCCAUACAAUUUGCUGGCUAAAUUCUUAUCAAAUAUACAGAUGUCAAUUAAUUCCCAAUUGUGCUUUAACGAAUACUGCGUCAUGCAUCCGCGUGCUUCUGCCUAUAAACAUGUGGAAGGACACGUAUUAAAAUUCACAGAUGACAUAUGUAUGUUAGCCAACUCGCCUUACACACGAAUUUAAAAUAUUUCACCAUAUGUCCUGCUUAUUAUUAAAUUUUUUAUUGUUGCAUAAGAAAUAGUCUUUGUCCUUAUACAAGUGGUAGAGCAAUACAGUUUUUCAGUAACCACAAAACGAGAUAAAGUAAAAACACAAAUCAAAUUAAAGGGACACUAUAGUUACCACAACAACUACAGUUUAAUGUAGCGGUGCUGGUGAGUAUAGUAUGUCCCUGCAGGCUUUUUAAUGUAAACACUGCAAUUUCAAAGAAAAGGCAUUGUUUACAUUACUGCCUAGGGACACCUCCUGUGGCAGUCACUCAGACGGCUACUAGCAGUGCAGAACUGAUGUUCAGCGUCUCCAAGCUCUGCUUGGAGAUUUUGAACUUCCCCAUAGAGAUGCAUUGAUUCAAUGCAUCUCUAUGAGCAGGUGGUGAUUGACCAUAGUGAUGUUUGGCUCUACCCCCUGUCCCACCUCCUUGGCUGAGAUCAUCAGAAUUGACAAUCUCAGCCGAUACAAUGCUUUCCUAUUCCUCACAAAUUGGGAGAAGUUUACAGUUUGGCUAUUUUGGUCUUAAAUUUGCUAUUCAAUAUAAACUCCCAACUAUUUUUUUCUUUUUUGCAUUCCCUUGUAUUGUGUUUGUAUGCAAAAUGUUUCAUCGGAUUUAGCUCACUGCAUUAGCAAGUGGGAUGGAAAUCUUGUCUCAUGUAGUCGAGCCAAUGCAUAUUUCUGUAAAAGAUUAGUGUGGUGGGCAACGUGAAUAUUGUGAAGUUAAUAUCUUCACACCUUAGCAGGAGUUCUUCACUUGUUGUACCUACAACACCUUUUGGAAAAUAACCCCUAACUGGGGAAUAGGUUAUGUCCAUUUAUUAAACAACAUCAGGGUUAUUCACUAAAGUAGAAGACAAACAUAAGGCCAAAAUAUCCAAACUAGAAGCAUAGCUGACAGAAAUUUUUCCAGUUUGUCUGUUUUGGCUUUAAAAUUUAAAUUCUCUUAUUCUUAGUCAAUAGGACCAAAUGUGAGCACUAGUGUCCACAUGGUAUUUUUACCCAAAUACGGUUUCCUUUCUCCCUCACCAGCUGUAAUAAUGUGUCGAUAAUUUGUGCCGUUUCAGAGACCCUCACACCCUUGUUGAAGUGACCUCUUUUACAGCCAUUAAUAAGUUUCAGCCAUUUCAUGUAGCCAUCUCCAGUAACUCUCUCCUGCUUCUGGUGAGUCUAAAGGUUUAUGCAUGUCCCUUGAUGGUUGUUUUAGUGUUCUGCUGUGUCCACUACUUUUUCAUUAUAUCUAUCUCUUCAUUCUAGGAUUUCCACAGUCACCUAACAAAAAGCGAGGUAGUGGGAUACCUGGGGGGACAGUGGGAUACCAACAACCAAAGUAAACACCUUCUUCUUUUGUCCUAUGUGUCACUAAUGCCUCACUGAAGGCUUUGGGAUAUAAUCAUACCUUUCAAUUUGCAGUGCUGACUAUACUUCGAGCCUUCCCUUGCCGUUCCCGUUUAAAAGAUACAGAGACUGCUGCAACUACAGAAGAGGAGGUAACACGCUUUGCUAAGCACACUGGGUUUCAGAUAUUUCAAUUAAAAAAAAUAAAAAUGUCCACGCAUUCAUGGCAAACUACAAUUUCUUAAAGGUACACAGACCACUUCAUCUUAUUGAAGUGGUCUGGGUGCAGUGUCCCUGUCCUGUUUUUGUCCUACAGUGUAAAACAUUGCAGCACUAUGCCUCUAGAUGCCCUUUGUGCACGCUAGGUGAUUUUUUUUUUCGCCCAGCGUCCGUUAAAUCCCCAUAGGAGAGCAUUGUUUUGAUGCUUUCUUAUGAGGAGGGCCUAAUGCACUUGCUGUGCAUGCGCAUUAGGUCCCCCUGUCGAAUGAUGCCGGAAGAGGCAGAGCACCGAGCGAUAUCAGCACUGGGUUCAGGUAUUGGGGGGGGGGGGUAGAGGGGGAUUGACCCUUUAUUAGCCUGGGAGUGGGGCACGAGGGAAGAGGGAGCUCUAGUGUUAGGAGUGCAAGCCUGUAUUCCUAACACUAUAGUUCCCUUUUAAUUCGUGGGGAGAAGUUUAUUUUUUUAAAUGUAUUUAUUUGCCUCACGUUUUCAUCAUUUUGACACCAUCAGAUUUGUCAGAGUCUCUUUUUGAGAGGUCUGUCCCUUGUUGGUUGGUACCAUAGUCAUCCUUUCAGCCCAGCCAUGCCAUCACUGCAGGACAUUGAGGCACAAAUGGAUUAUCAACUCAAACUACAGGGCACAGAGAAUAGCUUCCAGCCUUGCCUGGGCCUUAUCUGUGGUGAGAUUUGUCUAUAUUUUCGAUUUACUUUGAAAAUAAACUGAAAAGGAGGAAAACCAAAAACACAACUUUUUUUUAUUUUAGGGCCUUACUUCCAUGGGAACCCAGGAAUUCAGUCGUCUAUUUGUCCAUUUUGGGUGAUGCCACCAGCUGAAGUGAGUAAUAUUAUUUUGCAGGGGUGCUGGAUAAAUAUGGAAAUAAGCGAUUUGACCUUGUUCUGCCCUUUCCAGCACAGGCCAAAUGAUUAUGGAAUUCCUAUGGAGGUGGACGUGACAUACAUUGAAGACAACUUUCUGACCAAUGACAUCCUUCAUGAGAUGGUGAGGACUUUGUAUGGCAAUUUGGUCAUUACACCAUGUUGCAUGGACAGGGAGAUAAUUUUACCACUAUUUAGCCCUUAUAUAAACUAUGAGCUGUCUAUUCUGUGAUUUCAAUAUGCAUCUACUCUCAAUUUAUCAGCUUUUAAUACAAUUACACCUUUCUCUUUGAUCACCUACCACCCCUUUCAUAUUUUAUUUUACCUCUCCUCCUAGAAUUACUUUACCUUAGUGAUUUCACCGCAACAUUCAUGCUUUAUCAACUUUGAAGAAAGCCUUUUCAAUUUACUGUUGGAAGCCCUCUGGCUAAUGGGUACAGAUAUUUCUCAAAACUGUAAAAGGCCCCCCACAGCCAAAGGGCUCAAAUGGUUAAGAGUUCUUUCUUCUCUACAAGCACUGCCCAUACUGUUAUGUUUGUUUUGAGUAUACAUUCUGUCACUUUAUUCAUUUGCUAUACUACUUUGUAGAUUAUGUUGGUGGAUUUCUAUAAAGUGGCCCCCGACCUCAUUCCCUUUCAGGACAGGUGGAAUGAGGAGAAAACCUACCUGGAGAAAUUAAAGGUAUUUUAAUCAUGAAAUACAAUCAAGUUUGCUUUCAGAAGGAAAACAAAAAUAAGUUUAACACUUGUAAUGGAAUAAUGGCAGUCAUAUGAAUCAAUUAGAACCUUCUUUAUGUGCAUAUAACGAGAAAGAUGUAAAAUAAGAGGCUUUAUUUUCCAGAUAAAAAUGCUUCAGUACUUUUGUCAUUUAUUUCUCAAUGUGAAGAAUUGGGAAAAUGGUUUUGUAAACAGACCUUAAAAUACAUGACUGUUCUAAUUUUUGCUAAAUCUUUACCAUAAUGCUAGUUUAAAACACAAUAGAACAGGUUACUUUAAUUUUUUUUAAAAAGCAGUCAAUAGGGAUGGGGUAUUAAAAAUCUAUUAUAAACUAUUUUGUUCCAAAAAGAGAUUGACUGACCCACUUUUCCUUUUCGUUCAGGCUUCACUAUCAAGUCGAAUGCCCAAGGACCAAGGUUUUGGGCCUGUUCUGGACCAAGUUUACAUGCUGCUCAACUAACCCUGCUGGUAUUUGUUUUUUUUCAACAUGAAUUUCUAACCUGACCCCCUCACCCCCAGCAGUCACAUAAAUAUGCUUUUACAAGAGGACUCCAGAUUGUCUAACACUGUAAUUUUACUCAACUGACUAUCAGCAAGAACAACUACCGAGUUUACACGAACUUUAAAUCCCCAUACAAAAGCAAAACACAGGCACAGUUGUUAGGGUUUUGAUCUAAUAAACAGUCUUGUAUUUUUAACCUCUGCUGCUGAUGCAAUCUUACUUUAACAAUUCACAUUUAAGGAAAAGGAAACAAACUUUAAUUUCAACAAAAAUAUCAGAAACAUAAGAUUAUACAGGAUAUUUGAAACAAAACUUCUUGAUACAAACAAACACUUUUUGUCAGCCAAGUGCUCCUCAAGGUAUGACAUUUAUAAAAAUAAGUUUGUAGCUUAGUCACCACUAGACAAACUUUGACACGAUGGCCCAAUCCUUAAGGAAACAUGCCUCUGCCAUUUUAUUUGUCCGCACUGUGCAGGAAGUAGUUAGGCAAAUGUUUAUAAGAAACACUAACUUCUCUUGGUCAUGUGCAGCCAUUCAGAAACCAUAACCCAAAAUGUGUAUUCGCUAAACAUGGAGAAUCAGGUCCAAGAAUCAUAGUUCAUGUGCUUAACAAAAGGACAUUUCAGCUACUAAUACUUUAUCUGCUUUUGUAAAAAUUGUUUUUAUUAUCCCAAAUUUUAAACUUAGAAGACCAAAGCAUAGAUACUGUAUUAGAUAACCAAGACUACGUGGACAUGCUUUCGAGCCAACGGAAAAAAAUAUGGAGGUACUGGGCUUGUUUUGAUAUUAUAACACUGGCCCAGCCAGGUUCAGAUAUAGUAAAGGAAAGCUCGACUACUAACAAAUAUAUCGGACAUGAUCUCCUGAAGACUACUGCACAUUUGGCUUCUAAAAAGCUUAAAAAGUUCAAGUUUCAAAAAACAGUUAAAAAGUUUACGAUGUAACAGAUAUAGGAAACGGAUACUAAAGUAUAUAAAGGAUACAUAAUUUUAUAUACAGAAAAAGGAGGUUAACACCUGAGCUGCAAGAGCAUAUGCCUCUGGCAGUCAGAAGGAUAAGUAACAUAUGGUACUGUUGUCUGUUAUAUAAUAUAUAUAUAUAUUUUUUUUUUAUAUACGCAAAAAAAAAGAGUUUUCCAAAGUGGAUAUUAUUAGCAUAUCUGAAGAGGGUAAUGUGUGUGCCAGGGUAAAAAACAAGAACCAGACAGAGAAAUAGAAUUUUGCAAAGCUGCUGGGAAGUUAAUAUGAUUCACCCAGUUAGGGAUAUUUAGUGUUCUAUGGCAUACAUUCACAUUCAGUGAAUCCCUAAUAGAAAGAGUUUGUCAUUAUGAAAUAUGCUUUAGCAAAAAGAAAAGGACGGAGAUUUACUAUUGAGCUGGUGCUCACGAACAAGAAAGCCAUAAAAAAAAAAAAAAGGUACUGUACAGGAAAAACAGCUGGUCUUUAAUACAUACGCCCAAAAGAGGGAACUGUAAUCUCGGCUUUUGGUCCUUAGUGUUAGUAAGAAGGUUGGAUUGUAACCCCAACCAUGAGUUAGAAAACUCACUGAGGUAACGCAACCAAAACCUCCACAUAAUUGAGAGGAAAAAAUCCUGAUUGGCCGUUGAUCAUUCCUUCAUACCAGUUCUCAUCAAUCUGAUUAGUCAGAGUGAUGAUAUCACCCUCUCGGAAACCAAGUUCGCCAUCGUUCUCAGGGUCAAAAUCAUACAACGCUUUACAGCAUGGUUGAUCCAGGGGAGCUACAGUGGGGAGGAAAUAAAAAAUAAAAAUAAGGAGUAGAAGACAAGAUACAGAGAAUCAAAACGAUGAAUUGGUGAC